AUGAACGGGAAAAGCCUCGCGGACAAAGUAGCAAUCGUUAGUGGUUCCUCAUCAGGAAUCGGCGCUGCGAUUAUACGAGAGCUCUCAUCACGCGGUGCCAAUACAGUGGUGAACUACCCCUUUGAGCACUUAAGAGAGGAAGCAGACAUUUUGGUGGGAUCUCUUCCCUCGCCAUCCAUUGCCCUUGAAGCGGAUAUGUCGUUGGCGACAUCUCCACAGAAGCUAGUAGAUGCUGCAGUCUCGACAUGGGGUCGGAUUGAUAUUGUGGUGAAUUGUGUGGCGCUUGCCGUGAACAAGCCAUUUGAAUCACAGACUCUGGAAGACUGGGAUCUGUUAGUCAAUACAAAUGGGCGGAGUACGUUUCUCCUGACUCAAGCAAGCUUGCCUCACUUGACGAAAGGGCGUGGCAGGAUUGUGAAUAUUGUGAGCAUUUCCGGUCGUGGGCCUCCGCCAAACCAGACCAUUUAUGCGGGAACAAAAGGGAUGGUGGACUCUUUUACAAAAUGCUGGGCUAGAGAGCUGCCACCCAAAUAUGGCUGCACAGUUAAUGCUGUCAGUCCUGGUCCUACAAAGACCGAAGGCUUUGCGGCUGCCGGUGAAGACCAGAUGAGGAUUCUGCAGCCAAUUAUUGGCCAAACUCCGGUUGGUCCGAGAAUGGCGGAGCCAGAUGAGAUCGCUUUUGCAGUCGCAUUCCUCUGUGAGGAGCGUGCACGAUGGAUCAAUGGAGCACAUAUUGUUGCAUCUGGUGGGCUUUUUAUUGACUAA